AUGGACGAGGACUGCAUCAAGUCCACCGGGGACUAUUUUCUCCUCUGUGACAACGAGGGGCCAUGGAGCGUUGUUCUGGAGUCCCUGGCAAUACUUGGCAUAGUGGUUACAAUAAUGCUACUCUUGGCAUUUCUCUUCCUCAUGCGAAAGGUGCAAGACUGCAGCCAGUGGAAUGUCCUCCCCACCCAGUUCCUCUUUCUCCUCGGGGUGCUGGGGCUCUUUGGACUAGCUUUUGCCUUCAUCAUCCAGCUCAAUCAACAAACUGCCCCUGUGCGCUUCUUUCUCUUUGGGGUUCUCUUUGCACUCUGCUUCUCAUGCCUCUUGGCUCAUGCCUCCAACCUGGUGAAGCUGGUCCGCAAUGGAGUCUCCUUCUCUUGGACAACAAUGCUGUGCAUUGCAAUUGGGUGCAGCCUGCUGCAGACAAUUAUUGCCAUCGAGUAUGUGACCCUCAUUAUGACCAGGGGUAUGACAUUCAUGAACAUGACACCCUGCCAGCUCAACGUGGACUUUGUCGUACUUCUGGUCUACGUCCUCUUCCUGAUGGCCCUCACGUUCUUUGUCUCCAAAGCCACCCUGUGUGGCCCAUGUGAGAACUGGAAGCAGCAUGGAAGGCUCAUCUUCGUCACUGUGCUCUUCUCCAUCAUUAUCUGGGUGGUGUGGAUCUCCAUGCUGCUGAGAGGCAACCCACAGUUCCAGCGACAGCCCCACUGGGACGACCCGGUCAUCUGCAUCGGCCUGGUCACCAACGCAUGGGUAUUUCUGCUGCUGUACAUCAUUCCUGAGCUCUGCAUUCUCUAUAGAUCGUGUAGGCAGGAAUGCCCUCUACAAGGCAACACCUGCCAGGUCCCAACCUACCAACGCACCUUUUGUGUGGAGAACCAGGAGCUCUCGAGAGCCCGAGACAGUGAUGGAGCCGAGGAGGAUGUAGCAUUAACUCCAUAUGGUACUCCCAUUCAGCCGCAGCCUGUUGAUCCCACGCAAGAGUGUUUCAUCCCACGGGCUAAACUGGGCCCCCAGCAAGAUGCAGGAGUAUAGAGUCUACAGGAAACAUGAGUGGUGACACCCCAGAAGACCAUCCUGGGUAACGUAGAGCUGAUCAGCCACUGGGAAGUCCGCUGAGCCACACCACCAAGGAAGAAUCAGCUCCUUCUUCUGUUUCCUGGCACUUUUCAUCCACCUCGACCCUGCCUCAGAGCACUGCCCU